AUGAAUCUUGAGAAAAUUAUUAAUCUGUUUGAAGAUAAGCACACGGAGAGUCUCAGUGAUAGACAUGCCGCUGCCAUUAACAAGCUAUGUAAGCGGUACAAUUCAGAGGGGAAGGGAUUCUUCUACAGGGAUAUUCCAGAGAUCAGUAAGAUACUACACCUGAUCCACGUUGGGUUUCAGAAUGGCAAAUUUAAAUUGAUUCCAGCCCUUGGUAACUUCUUGGAGCUGCUUAAGAUCCCAUUCAAGAAGGCUAAGUGUAGUGAUGAGAAUAAUCACGUACCUUUACUGCCAAAGCUGUUUAAUUCCCUAUGUCCACUACUGAAGUUUGAAUGUAGUGAUGGGAGUAUGGGUUAUGAUCAAAUAACAGCGGAGAUCGCCAACCUGAUCACUGAGUUCGCUAGUUAUGGUGUCAGACAGCUCAGAGAGAAAGAAGCUGAUGAAGCUGAGAAAGCCAUGUAUGGCACUGAGAGCCGACUGUAUAAAAAUGGGACUAGGAACUUGAUCGGUAUCGCAGGUUCUGAAGUCCCAGAAACCCUAGUGACUCUUCUUGCUGAGAAUAAGAAGGGAAUGGAUAUUAUUACCUUGUUGAUUGAAGCACUAGCGAGCUGUAGUCUUUAUGAACCAAACUCACUGAAAUUUAGCUCAAUGGGAGUUCUGAAGGACUUGGUCUUGCUAAUGGCUGAUGCGCCAGAUUUCAGAUCCUAUAUUGUUAGAAUCUCUAGUGAAGCCAUUUGGAACAUCAUUGAGGUCGUUGGCAACGACGCUGUCAAAACAAUGGCUACGGAAGGAGAGAUAGUCCUUGCCCUAAGAAGGAUCUUCGAAAGAGUCCUCAAGGAAGGAUACAAGCUUGAUGAUAAAUGACUCAGGAAUGAGCUUGUUAUUUUGAUUAAUUAUGUAGUCACUUGCCCAGAGAGUCACAGAUACUUUACUGAGAAGGAAACUACUGAUGAUAAUGAAGAGACUGACUCUUUCUUAGACAUUAUUUGCUACUAUGCUACUCACGAUGAGCUCAACUCAACUGUAAAAUUUGUUGGGGAAGGAAGUGAAGCAGCUUCAAAAUCAAUGUUUACAACCAGAGAUGAAGAUGUAGAAUUUAAGAAACUUCUGUGGACAUGAAUUCUUUACAUUGUCAGAGAUCCAAAUAAUUCAAUGGCUCAUGAGAUCAUUACUACAAGAGAGGUAACCUCUGCACUGAUGAUGUAUGUUGAUCCUAAUGAUACUUCUCUGUUAAACCAAAGGUGGCAGCCUCCACAGAUUAAGGAGAUUCAGUUGCAUGCCUUAUCAAUAGUGUUUAAUUUGAUUCCCUUAGUGCCUGAGCAUUUCCAUGCAAGAGAUGGGCACUCAAUCCUUAUUAACUUCAUAUCUACCUACUCUGACUAUGAUAGGAAGCAUGCUUGCUUGAAAGCUCUGCUUAACACUUCAGAAUACGAUUACUUCAAGAAGGAUUUCUCUGAGGGAGGAAUCAUGGAGAUUCUUCUCGAUAUUAUCCAAAACGUUCGCGAUAAUUCUCUCGACUUGAGAGAGCUUUCCUUCAACAUCAUUUCCAAUAUUUGUAACAAUACUAGACCCAAUCAGAAAGAGUUCAGGAGAAAAGGAGGAAUAGAGAUAAUCAAGGAUAACCUUAGGAUAGGGGAGGUUGACCAGAAUGGGAACAACAAAACCUUCCUUCUAGCUGUGCUUGACUGCCUCAACUUUGCAGUUUAUGGAAACAAGAGGUCUGAGAUCCACUUCCUCGAAAUUGAAGGCGUCUAUGUCCUGCUUGAUUUACUCGAGGAAAGUGAUGAAUGCCUCAGAAGGCUAAUACUUAGCUCUAUCUGUACAAUUCUUCAGAAUGACAGAGUUUUCAAAUACUUUGUAGAAUGGAAUAGCUCUAAGACGACUAUUAGUGCAUCUCAAUUGCUGAUCCAGCUGUUCGAAGCUGAGGAUAAAAGGUAUAAAGUUCAAUACGAGAAUGGAAUCAUUACGUCACUGGAUAGACCUCUGUUCCCAGAAGCUUCCUACCAUGUCAGAAAACUGGAAGAGGAAGAGAAGGAAAUAGUUGAAGGAGAAGGAAGUAGACUUGCUGAAUCAAGGAAGUCCCAAGAUAUGGAUGGAAUGGGAAGCAGGCAUUCUCAAAGAUCCAUUAUCUCAAACCCUGCCUCACAGAUGUCAGCAAUGCAGUCUCAAAUGGGUUCAGUGCAUACUCAGAAUACUAAAGGAUUCAAGAGAUUGCAAGCAGCUAUUGAUGCUUCGAAUAAGAUUAACAAGAAGACCUUCUCAGAGUCCUAUAUCAACAAGAUGAUGCUGGAUGUAGCUCAUAGUUAUGACAUCAGGUCAACAAUUUUCUGAAUAUUCUACAGAGUUGGAUUCGACCUACAUGAGCUCACACCAACAGAGAAACAAAGGAUGGAGAUCAUCCAACUAUACCCUUACUUGAAGACUGGUGAGAUCUGGAAGGAUAUCAAGCUCGAGCUGGAAGACAACGAUAUUAAACCAACAAGUGAUGAUGAAAACUGGCUUGAGACUUGUAUAGAAGAAGCAUCUGAACAUUUAGAAAAUGCUAUUUACAACCAAAAUCUUUACUCCCAAGAAAUACAGAUGAAACAGCAAGAGGAUCUGGAGAGCUAUUAUGCAGCUAUAAGGCUCAAGAACAACGUGAAAGGAAAGCCAUUGAAAAUGGGAUCACAAAGACAAAGUCAAUCGGUUAUGGGCUCAGUGAUGGGAUCAGUUCAUGAUGAAUAA